AUGUCUGAUAUCGAAAAUUUUGAUUGUGAUAUCGACCAAAACGGAAUAGGCGAUUCCGAUGUAGUGGAAGAAUUUGAACUUCAUUUGGGAAAAUCAUUUAAAAUACCAUCAACAAAUUCUCAUUAUAAAAUUAUUUACGAAGGUCAAGAAAAUAUAGAUUUAACAAAGGCCACAGAACUUGAAAUUGAUGAAGACAAUGAAACAAUUCAAAUAUCCAUUAGUAGUGAAAUGGAUGAAGAUUAUACAUUAAAUGGACGACGAUUCGAUAAUCAUUUAGGAGAGCUUGACGAAGAUGAUGAUGACGAAAGACAAUGCGUAGUGGUUUUCGAUGAAAUAACCCGAGUACAUGUCGAUUUAAAUGGAGUUGGUUCGCCCGAGUUUGGAGAUUGGGAACAAAAAUUCGAGGAGCUGAUUGAAGUUGCAGAACAUUCUGGAGAAGGGGAUUUCGAAGAUGAGAUGGAAGAAGAAGAGGAUUAUCCCGAAAAUCAUAUAUACGAAGAAAAUGGAUAUGAAGAAAAUGGACAUUACGAAGAGAAUGGAGUUGAAGAUGAUUAUUAUGAACAAGUAUUAUUGUCAGAUGAAUUUGAAGAAGUAGAUGAACCGGUAGUACAGAGUACAAGUACAAAUAAUCAAAUGAAUGGUGAAAUAAUCGAGGAUGAAAUAACAAAGAGAGAUGGGAGAGAUGAGAGAGAUGAACGAGAUGGUAGUGAAUCAUCUGGACUUUCAUCAUCAGAUAGCAGUACAUCAUCAGCAACAGGAUCUGACAAUGAAUCGGGUGAAGAUGAUGCAUCUGAUUCAGACUCAGCCUUAGAGUCAACUUUAGGGGAGUUGGAAAGCCAAUUGAAUAAAGAAAUGGGAAAAGAUAGAAAGACGAAUGCUGAAGGAAAAUCAAGCACGGGUCCAACUUCAUUAGCAGCAUUGUUCGGGGGAGAAGGUUCAAAGCAGGAAGAACAUGAAGAUAGUGGUUCAUCAUCAGGAAGUGAUUGA